GUGGCCUCCUGGAGCCGUCGUACAUUUUAAUUUUUGCCGUCAAGAAUUUAACGGCAAAUCAAGGACCAAAGUGUAGUGACGAUGAAUCCGCUACCACCAGAUGAUUCCGGUUCUUCUGAAGCUGAGAUCAGCGAUGCCUUUUCACCGGUCGAUAGAUCUCACAGAGUCGUCGAAGAUGAAGAUUCAUUGCUGAUGAGAGCAGAGAUGUAUCAAGAUUACAUGAAGCGACUUCCGAUCCCGACAAAUCGCGGUUCGGUGAUUCCGUUCAGGAGCUGGGUUGGAUUAAGCAACUCAAUCAAAGAGCUUUAUGGUCAGCCUUUACAUUACCUCACGAACGUUCUCUUACAACGUUGGGAUCAAUCAAGAAUCGGCUCUGAUUCUGAAGACCAGUGUUUGGAUUCAAUCAUUCAUCCUUCGAAAGCUGAAGCUACAAUCUGGCUCGUUGAAGAAAUCCAUAGACUCACUUCUUCUCAUCAUCAAAUUGCUCGUCUUUGGGGAUCUGAUCCUAUGUAUCACUCGUUUAUCGACUCAAUCAUUCCUGAGCCGCCAUCUCGAACAUAGAACAAGUUUCUUGAACACCUUUUUUUGGAAUCUAGUUUUUCUCGGAAUCAUCCUUUCAAGGAUUGAUGUUUAUAUAUAAGUCUCUAUGUUAGUUAACUAUAGACAUUGAAAUGAAAUGCUUCAUCUUAUUUACUUAUGUAAUCACCAGAAGUCAUUGCAAGAACACUUUCCUUGACUUAUGAAAUGAAACCGGUUAUUGUCUCUUA